AUGGUCAAUAAGGAAUAUUACGUGCAAGUUAUGAGCAAUUUGCGAGAAGUAAUUCGCCAGAAACGCCUGGAUUUCUUGAAGAACAAAAAUUCGGUUUUGCAUUAUGAUAACGCCUCUGCUUACACGUCGUUGCUUGUGCACGAAUUUUUGGCCGAAAACAACACACUAAUAAUGCCGCAACCACCGAAUUCCUCAGAUCUGGCCACCUGUGACUUUUUCUUGUUCCUCAAACUGAAGAACCCUAUGAAAGGAAGACGCUACGCUACGAUUAAGGAUAUAAAGACAGCAUCGAAGGAGGAACUGAACAAGAUCACAAGAAAAAUGUCUUUUUGA